AUGGGCAAAGAAUUUCAGGACAACAUGGGGGACCUCACAGUGGCUUUCCAGUACCUGGAGGGGCCUACAAGAAAGAUGAGGAGAGACUGUUUACAAGGUCAUGUAGUUACACAGCAGCAUCAUACUGAGACUCUGGUUCAGUUUCCAUACAUGGACACUGAAACGGAAGAGAUUAAGACAACUGACGAUGCCCUGCUACUGUUGGGUGAACUUGUGGGUCUGACUGAACAACAGAGUGAAACAGCAGCCACCAGGGUUUGUGGGCAAAGCCCUUACACUGGCAACGUGGAGCAAAGAAAUGAAGCAGCAAGAUCUCUAAGGCCUCUUCAAGGAGGACAUGGCAACAAACAAGCUAUGUGCUUUAUGUGGAGCCCUCUGCUAGCAAGCUACACCUUCCUACAAGCUGGUGACGUCUCUCCAGCUUCCUCUAGCUCCGGGACGCUCAUCCAGUACACCCCGGACUCUGCCACCAGCCCCACGGCAGAACGCCCGUCUCCCCACCCCUCUUCCCAGAAGGCUAAGGAGGAAGGUGAGGGUGUGGUGAAGAAGGCCAAGAGCCGCACAGCCUUUUCCCAGGAGCAGCUGCAGGUCCUGCACCAGCGGUUCCAGAACCAGAAGUACCUCAGCCCUCAGCAGAUCCGGGAGAUGGCUGCUGCCCUGGGGCUCACCUACAAGCAGGUGAAAACAUGGUUUCAGAACCAGCGGAUGAAAUUUAAACGUUGCCAGAAGGAGAGCCAGUGGGUGGAAAAAGGGGUGUAUCUACCACAGAAUGGGUUCCACCAGGCUGCAUACUUGGAUAUAACCCCCACGUUUCACCAGGGCUUCCCUGUCAGUGCCAGCAGAAACCUCCAGGCUGUGACCAACAUGCACCAGGCUUACAGUGGUGGCCAGGCUUAUGGAAAUGGACAGAGCCUGUACUCGUUUGUGGCUGUGGAGGAUGAGGGGCUCUUUGGAAAAGGUGGGACAAGCUGCAAUACCCAGCAAGCCAUGGGUUUAUUAAGCCAGCAGAUGAACUUCUAUCAUGGCUACCCUGCCGAUAUGGAUUAUGUCAGCCUGGAGUCAGAAGACACCUAUGGCUUCCAGAGCACCUCUAGCAGCAUGACACUGUUCUCAAGCUCUCCUGUACGGCAUCAGUACCAGGCCCCUUGGCAUCCCUUGGGGACCCAGAGUGGCUAUGAGUCUUAG